GCAACAUCCCCACAAUCCUCUUGACUAAGUACUUCCAGCUUCCAACAUCUCCCUCUCCCACCCCCUCUCUCUCGUCGUGGCCUCGAGUUUGUAGACUCUACCAUGGACAUUUGAGCCCUUGUAGAAACCUCAUUGGCUUCCCGACUUCUGCCUCCUCGUCCAUCAUGCGGCUGGUUUCCGCCAUCACCUGGCUUGCGGCCAUCCUCCCCUACCUCGCUUGCGCUUCUCGCCUGACUCCUCCUGUCCUUCCUCUCAUUGUGAGAAAUCCGUAUCUCAGUACCUGGCUGCAAAAUGCAAGGGGAAAUCCUUGGGAUAGGUGGCCCAUGUUCUGGACCGGUCAAGAGAUUGGCUUCUCCGUCCUAGCCAGCGUUUCUGGAGGAAGAACCACCUACCCGCUACUUGGAAGAGCUCAAGAUUCAUUACCGAUAAAAGACCCAAAUAUCUCCGUCGCAUACCCCAUUUAUAAAGGCGCUCAGUACGAUGCAUCAACCACCAACCUAUCCUACUCGCUUCCCCUACCCUCGACCUAUUCUUCUUCCGACCAUGUUGACAUCACCCUGUCGUUCUUGUCGCCAAUUACCCCCACAUCCACCGUCCGCCAGGCUAUUCCUGCAAGUUACCUGACCGUUUAUGUAUCGGGAAACGCAGAUGUAGACAUCUACCUGGAUCUCAACGGCCAAUGGGUAAGCGGAGACCGCGGCAGCAAGAUUGUGUGGGACAUGGUCCAUACCACAUUGGAGGAUCACAAUGAAAACCACGGCUUCAAAACCUGGCAGGUUAGAAGAGAUGUCGAGCGCUUGUUCACCGAGUUCCGCGACCAAUCAGAAUGGGGUGAGCUGCAGUUCUCUGCCCCCUCGGACGUCCGUCACGAGUCUGGUACUUCCGCAAUCCUGCGUCAGCGGUUCGCAAGGAUGGGCACACUCCAAGACGCUGUUGACCGUGACUUUCGUACAAUCAUGGACAACGAACCAGUCUUUGCAUUCUCAAAGUCCUUCACCUUGGGCUCUUCCUCCAACAAGUCCAUCCAAGAUAGCGAUAGCGUCACCUUUACAAUUGGGCACGUCCAAGACCCCGUUGUUCAGUAUGCCUCUGCUCGUGGCUUGACCAUGAUGCGUCCACUUUGGAAAUCUUAUUUCCAUACCGUUAAGGAGCUCCUGACCUUUCACUAUCUCGAUUUCGCACACGCAUCAGAGUUGGCUGCCAAUUACUCAGCCCAACUAGCUAUCGACGCUUUCAAAUCGGGCGCCGAAGAUUACGUCGACAUUGUCGCUCUGUCUGCCCGACAGGUCCUUGGCGCUACUAGCUUCUCUGGAACGCCAGACGAUCCUAUUCUGUUCCUCAAGGAGAUCUCCUCGAAUGGCAAUUUCCAGACCAUCGACGUCAUUUUCCCCAGCUUCCCCUUCUUCCUCUAUACCAAUCCACGCUGGCUGGGCUACCUACUCGAGCCACUCAUUGAGCACAUGCUGAGCGGCCAAUAUCCCAACAAGUACGCCAUGCACGAUCUCGGGUCACAUUUCCCUAACGCGACUGGUCACGCUGAUGGUCGCGAUGAGUACAUGCCGGUUGAAGAAUGUGGAAACAUUCUCAUCAUGGGCCUUGCUUUGGCCAACUCUCUUCGCGAUGCCGCCAAUACAUCGGCGUCUGUGGGCUGGAAGGCAAUGAGUAAUGCCCCGGCUCCCCAACCAUCCGGAGACAGUCUUGCUCCCCUUUCGGUAGGACAUAAAGAUGGCAAGGCUUAUAUCGACGAUGUAUGGGUGGGCAACCCAAACAGUUUAAAGCAAGCCCAAAAAUGGGUGGGCAAAAGUUACCGACUCUGGAAACAAUGGACCAGCUACCUGGUCGAAUUCUCGCUGCUGCCACACAAUCAAUUGUCCACCGAUGACUUUGCAGGUUGGUUGGCGUUGCAAACUAACCUGGCAUUAAAAGGCAUCAUCGGCAUCAAGGCCAUGGCUGGUUUGGCCGAACUAACCGGCAAUGAUGAAGAUGCCAAGGUGUACAACAACAUCUCCGAAACAUACAUUGCCAAAUGGGAGGAAUAUGGAAUCUCCAGAGACAAAACCCACGCCAAGGUUGCCUAUGACUGGUACGGGUCAUGGACAACCACGUACAAUUUGUACGCAGACAGCUUGCUGUGCUUCCAUCUCGGAUCCGAGUACCAACCCACGGUUAUGUCAAGCAUUGGAGGGCGGUACGAGCAUCAAAAGCCUCUCAAAAAGAUCAAGGGCGACAAAGACGGUUUCGUUCCUAAGCACAUUUAUCAAAUGCAGAGCGACUGGUACUAUGCCGUCCGCCAGAAAUACGGCUUACCACUCGACUCACGACAUCUCUACACCAAGACUGAUUGGGAAUUCUUCGCGAUGGCGGUGGCAGCACCCAAGGUCCGAGCAGAGAUUCUGCAGUCGGUAGCCAAAUGGGUCAAUGAGACAUCCACUGACCGACCUCUGACGGAUCUGCACCAAACCGAAGGGAGUGGGGCCUUCCCCGGGCCUAACUUUUUCGCCCGCCCCGUGGUGGGAGGACAUUUUGCAUUUUUGACCUUGACCCAGGCUUGUCGUGGACAAGCAGAAAAGGGACUUAAGUAUCUGGACGAUUCAGUCACGAAACACAUGGACGUUGAAGCGAUUCUGGAGCGCGAGAUUGAAGAGGCGGAAUGGGCCACCAAAGAACUCUAGGAGAGGUCAUCAUGCCUAGACAAAAUAGCAGUGUCAAUAAACCCCUUUAACCAAAAAAUACGAGUAGCAAUGCACGCACUCCGCCU